UGAGACCGACCGCCACUCCAUUCUAAUACUUGGCAUCAAGUUUGUUCGAGCGGCGAAAGUAAUGAAAAUGGAGGAAUUGGUGUUGUUUAAUUAUUAAGUGAAUUUAUGGAGUAAUUGAUAGCUAGCAGCUUACACAGAAAGCACAGUCGAGCGUCAGGAGAGCGGAAUAUUUGGAGGAUAGCAUGCUAGUAAGUAUUGUUGAAAUCAGCGGACAGCAGAUGUGGGAAGAUGCUGGCGAUGGAAAGAGGAGUGGUGGAAGAGUGGUUAUCUGAGUUCAAGACCCUUCCGGAAAGCGGCGUCUCCAACUAUGCCGUCUCACUGAAGGUGAAGGCGGCUCUGAUCCCGGCCAUCUACAGGGUCAUCCGGGAGAAUGACAGCGACCUCCUGGAGCCGGUCUGCCACCAGCUCUUUGAGUUCUACCGCAGCGGGGAGCCGCGGCUCAUGCGCUUCACCCUGCAGUUCCUGCCCGAGCUCAUAUGGAGCUACCUGUCAGUGCGGGCGGGCCGGGACCCUCACCGCAGCGGCUGCAUCGAGGCGCUUCUGCUGGGCAUCUACAACCUGGAAAUAGUUGACAAAGACGGGCAGAGCAAAGUGCUGGCCUUCACAGUCCCGUCACUGUCCAAGCCGUCUGUGUACCAUGAGCCCUCAACGAUUGGCUCACUGGCCCUGACUGAAGGGGCUCUAGCCAAUCAUGGGCUCAGCAGGGUUGUGUACAGCGGGCCACACCUCCAGAGGGAGACGUUUACAGCACAGAACAGGUUUGAUGUCCUCAGCUUCCUACUGCUGUGCUACAACGCAGCCUUGAGUCACAUGUCCAACUCCUCACUGCAGACCCUCUGUCAGCUGGGCUCUAGGGUCUGCAUCUGCGGUUACCCCCGGCAACAGAUGAGGCGUUACAAGGGCAUCAGCACCCGGAUGUUGGUGUCCUCCGAGUUCCUGGUCCAGCUAAUAACGGACAUCCACUACGCCUUGUGUAAUGGAGAGCCGGAGCUGGGCUUCAAGGCGCUGGAUGAUGUGAUGUACAGGGCCCAGCUGGAGCUGUUUCCAGAGGCCCUGCUGGUGUGUAACGCAAUCAAGUCUUCCCAGCACGGGGGAGCCCUGAAACCGCACAAGGAAGGAUCCCGCCGGAUCCAUGUCGAAAUCACUCCCACUUCCUCCAGGAUAUCCAGGAAUGCCGUCACCAGCCUGUCCAUCCGCGGACAUCGGUGGAAGAGACACGACGCGGUGGACCUGGGCUCCCCGGAUGAGCUGAUGGAAAUCUCCGAGGUGGACGAGGGGUUCUGCUCCCGGAGCACACAGGGUGGGAGCCCCCCGGCAAUCGUGGUUAGCAGCAACGCCACCCCCAGUGGCGGAAGGCCGACGGGGAAGGGCCAGCGACGUUUGGGCAGCUGCAGCAAGGCCAGUAGAGACAAGGAGGGGGUGCCGGAGAGCUGCCGAGACCAGCUGAGCCGCAAGCAGCCGGGGGGCAGAGCGAUGAGCGAGACCCUGGAGCUGCUGUCCCUCAAACGGCUGACGCUCACCUCCAGCCAGUCAAUGCCCAAGUCCGGCACGCUCAGCCUGUCCCAGACCGCCAGUGCCGUCUUCUCCCGGUCCUUCGAACAUGUCAGCAAUGCGCUCACUGCGGGCAAUGCGGCCCACCCCCAGGGCUGCAGCCCCUCCGCCCCCGAGGCCAACCGUUACUCAGCAUGCAGCCUGCAGGAGGAGCGGCUGGCGUGUGUGGUGGAGAGGGCGGAGCCUCUGGGCCCCUCCCCCCACAAACAGCGUUCUCCCAGCAUCAGCCUGCACUUCUCCACCGACCUGUGACCUUUUGGAGUUGUCGCCACCCCCCUUGCCCCCCACAAGCACCCUUACCCACCCUCCGCCCCCCACAGCUUUUAGGCAGAAAUACCACUGAAGGACUUCUCUGGUGCCUCCUGUUUCACUCUGAACACCCCCCACGUCUCCCAGCAAUAACAGAACUACAUUCUGGCCAGUUUCCCCCAGCUACAGUCCUGACCACCCCCACGGGAGGGUCCUACCCCCCGGCCGCUCGUUUCUAUGGUUACCAUAAUGCGGUUCCCUCUCGGAAUGACGACCCACUACGACCCCGGGCUGGACGGGGGACCAGAUCUCUGACCCUCAGGACUGUGGAUUAAUACUCUGCACCUUAGAAAGACAUCAGCUCUGCUUUCUAUGGGACACCAUCGCUAAAGCUGUUCUAACGUGUCUUCGGGUAAAGCGUUCUUAGAACCGGCUUCGGCGUUCCAGUCCGCUCCACUGCGGAUCGCUCAGAUCCGUCACGCCGACUCAGACGUUUCGCGUAACCUGAACGGUACAAAAGUCCGUCGUGUGAAGUGCAGUUGAGCUUCUCUGUUUUAGUUUAUGAUGUUGUCCUGCCCGCCUGGUUCAUGUGUGUCAGUGCUGGAUUAUUUUUGAUUUUUUUUUUUUUUGUUUUGAACAAAUGUUGUGAAAAGGGAUGUUCUUUUCAGAAAAGUGUUAUGUUUAAAAACGAAACGGCACAACACAGCCUCCCGUGCAGACCGGGAGAAGCUGCCCCCUCCCCCGCCGUCCAUUCUGCACCCCCCUCUGCACUUCCCAACAUGCACUGGGCCUCAUACUGUGGCGGUUUGCUUUUAAUGCUUUUUGAAUUACAAAGUAACUUCAGGAUGGGAAAUGGCCUGUGACUGUGGUGACUUUGAUACCAAGCAGCGUGUUUAUAGAUACUGUAAGAAGCAAUAUGUGUGUCAAUGUUCCAGUCCAGUGUUUUACAUUUUGGGUGUGUUCAGUAGGAGAUGGGUGUAAAAAGUGUGAAUAUGUAGUUGGGAUUCUUUUUUUAAAAAAAAAUUAAUAAAUAUAAAAAUUCUGGACGCUGCACAUGAGUGACGUUCCCUUUCAACAGUCCAGUGGGUUGGCCACCCCAUUCCCCAAAAGCACAAGGCGCACCUCCCGGCCCCCUCAUCCCGGCCCCCUCCUCCCGGCCCCCGCCUCCCAGCCUGCGUUUGUGCCACUGCCAAAGGCCUCUUUCCGUUUUUGGUUUUUAAGCCCAUGUUUUAAAAUUGUCGCAGUUCAUCUCCACUUCAUCUUCAUUCAAGGUUUUAGAAGUCAUUGUACUUGUUUACUCAUCUUUUCUAUUACAAAACAAAACAUCACUGUGGUACCUUAUCUGUUUAUGGAAGAAUUUACAUUUUGACUGUUUUGGUAAAACCUAGUAAAAGUCGACAGUGAAUACAGUUCAUAGAGAUGUAAUUUUUUAAAUGAUGUGGAACAAUAACAAUCAGUGUCUGGUUUUUGUUUACAGGGCAUCGGAAGAAAACAAAAAAAAGGUUCCCUUGUGAAAUGUACAGAUUAUUAUUCAGAGGUUUUUUGCCUUCUGUCUGAAAAUAACUGAUUUGCUUUAGCUUUCUGAAAAUAAAGUGUUUGUUUCACA